CUAUUCCUCCCACUGACACCAAUGAUGGGACACUAUUCCUCCCACUGACACUAAUGAUGGGACACUAUUCCUCCCACUGACACCAAUGAUGGGGCACGAUUCUUCCCACUGACACCAAUGAUGGGACACUAUUCCUCCCACUGACUAAUGAUGGGGCACUAUUCCUCCCACUGACUAAUGAUGGGGCACUAUUCCUCCCACUGGCUAAUGAUGGGGCACUAUUCCUCACACACUGACACUAAUGAUGGGGCACCAUCCCCAUCAUUGGAAUACCAUACUGAAAUAGCAUACCAUAUUGAAAUCAAAUCUGAUGUUUUUUUA